AUGGCUUUAAUUUGUGAAACGUGUGUGUAUGUUGUUGAUGCACAUUUGGACUCAAAAGAUUCUAGUCAGGGUUUAGUUGUUCGUGCGAUUUACUGCGCUAUUGAUCUGAGAGACAUUUCUUCUCAGUGUAAAGUAAAAUCUGUAAUAGUAAAGGUGCGAUGGCACCCAAAUUCUAGUCGAACUCUGGUUGUCGUAACUGACAAUUCCUCUGUAUAUUACAUACACUGUAUAAAAUCCUCAGAAAACCAAUGCAUUCGAUUCAACUUGUGGCUUGAUGCAGACCUUUGUGCAUUAACUCAUAGUGUCCUUGAUGCCACAUAUGAUGAACUAAAGGAAUCAGAUGGAAGUUCUGGCGAUGAAAACGAUGAAUAUUCAGUAUUGUCUAACAAUAAAAUGGAUUUAAGUCUCGCUUUGGGCAGCAAGUGCAUCGACUUUGAUUUUGGUUCCCCCCAACUUGCAUCAAAACGUGGUUUGUCAGAAGUUCAGGCACAAGACUGCUGUUUAUUUUUGCUGUAUGAAACAGGUGAUGUCAUCCAAGUAUGUGAAUGUUUAUCUGUUCGCAAUGUGAAUCAGCUGAAAAUAAAUGUUCUACAUAUUUUACCACCAUCAAUCGAUAAUUAUGGUGAUGGAUUUUGUGCUAUUCAUUGUAUACGUCCCGUCGAUAUUCAAGAAAUGUUUCCAUUUGAAAAACCUCCUGAUUUACUUGUGUUGGCGGAUAAAUUUGGUCGUUUACAUAACGGUAUUGUUCUACGGACCAAUUUACCCAGUCAGAAUAAAAAUGUGAUGCAGACCAGUAGUAAUCCAUCAGUUUUACUCUGUCUCGUUGAUAUUGUUGAUCUUGAUUUAACUACAAAUGAAAUAAUUUGCCAAGAAGAAAAAUCAUUUCAACGAAACGAAGCAGGCUACUACCAUACAAGUGAUGAUAUACUUCAUUCUUCAAACUGUGCUGAAUACGACCAGUUUGGCUCUGGAUCAUUGUCACUUGAACCAGCUCAUUUAUGUUUUUUAGAUAAUGUCGAAUUCAAUUAUUCGAUAGCUGGUUGUGAUUUUGUUAAAAACAGAAUACUCGGUAUGAAAUACUCUCAUGAAGGCUAUUAUGUAAUACAUCAUAUGGGUAUUCAUCUUGUCAGUCUACCGUGGAUGAAGAAUCUUUCACUUUGGUGCAGUGAAUUCAACAAUGAAUUAUUGAGGGAUUCUGAAAAAUAUGCCAUUGAAGGCAUUCGAGAUUGGCAGUCGUGUGUAAAACAUCUUGUUUGUGGUCAGAUUACUGUCUCGACACCUGGUGUGAUAAAUGACGAGACUGAAGGGAAGUUCAGAUUAUCCGGUUUUCUUGAGGUACCAAGUGGUUUGAUGAUAGAAAGUACGAGUAAAUUGGAAUCCAGAACAGUUGGCAAGUCGAAUGUAUCCCGACCUCCUAGAAGUGUAACACUUUUGCUUGUACGCGCUCCAAUCCAGUCAAUCGAAUCAAAUGCCAGUGGAACUGAUCAUUCUUAUCUGGUGCAGUCCAUUAGCCUUACGCUAAAGCCUGACGUAUAUAUGAAGCAACAGCGAUAUGAUGGAUCCGAUUUGAGAGCCUCUGGUAAAUGCGGUUCAUCAUAUGCUUCUGGCCGUUCAGAUUUCACAUCACACAUACAUCAGAUACUAUCUGACGAUGAUUCGCACUUCCCAGUAAUAACAGCUCUAAAUUUGCAACCUGGCCUAACUCAACAACAACUGGUACAAUUUUUCAUUAAGGUAUCUGAUGCACUGCGUAAAGGACCUUUGGAUCGUUUGAUGAAAGCUCGCUCAUUCAUUGAACAGCAUUCAAGAAGGUUGCAAGAUCUUUUAUUAGCUCAAUAUUCUGAGACAGCGAAACUUUGCUCAAAACGACAAAAUCUGCAGUCUAGAGCUGAAGACUUAGCAAAACGUCAAGCUGUAAUCACUGAACGCCAAGCUAUGUUGGACAAGCGUAUGGCUACUCUGGCAAGUCGUUUAGCUGGUUUAGGUGAAGGUCCUACCAAAGCUGAAAUAGCAAUGCAUAGUGAAGUACUUGUUAUUCGUGAUCGCUUACACAAAGGUCUUAGACAGUGGUUAUCAACACUUCAGAAUCGUCGUACCAAGUUGGAAAGACAAAUGUUAUUGUUUCGGAAAAUAGGCAAAUCAUCUAUCCGUGGUUCUUUUCCUGGUAUAUUCCUGAAAACUGAAGAUAGCAGUGAAGGGAAUCAGUGGGAAGUAGUGUCAGAUGAACUUCGACGUGAAACUGUAGAAAUUAAAAUGUUGAUCAAUGCGGUUAAAACACUUAAUACAAAAACGAUAAAUCCUGUUUGAUGUCUUGUAUUGUUAUUCUGUAUAUUAUGAUUUUGUAUGAUAAACACUUUAUUAAGUUUAU